GUAGGAUUAUCUGAAGGAGCCCCCAAAUGUUGUGUACAACUGGAGCGAGCCAUGUGUUGAUCGAACGGCUCCCUCUUCUCUCCAAAUAGCGGCAUUCAGCCAAUCUAAUCGAAAAUUUCAGAGCCCUUGCUUUUCGUCCGUCAAAUCAAGAUUCUGAUGGCUUCCUCUCUUCGCAGCAUUUCAUUACCCAAGAAACGAAAGUGAGAAAAAUAAGGAAAGAGAGGAAAGCGAGAAAUAAUGGGAGGCAGAGGCAAGAACAGAUGGAAGAUCUCCUUCCUCCGCUCUUCUCCUUCUUCCCCUUCUUCACCUUCUUCAAACUCCAACGACUCUCCUAAAACCCCACCAAAGGAAAAACCAGAAGAAUUCAUCUGCCCCAUCUCCUCAUCUUUAAUGUCAGACCCUGUCAUACUCUCUUCUGGUCAGACAUUCGAACGAUCCUUCAUCCAGGCCUGCAUAGACCUCCGUUUCUUCCCCAGCGCUAUCUCAUCAUCCUCCGCCUCUCUCUCUCUCUCUUCCCCUCUCAUCCCCAACCUCGCUCUCCGUUCCACCAUCCUUAACUGGUGUGACGCUUCCGGCGUUCCCCGCCCCAAGCCUCCCGAUCCAUCUGUGGCCAUGGACAUGAUCCGAUCCCUCAUGUCCUCUGCCCAACAAACAGACGAUCGUCAUCUUCUCCAAGGGGUUGCUGAGAAGCCUCCCGUCCUUUUCUCCCAUGCCGCCACCGAGCUCAAUCGCAGGCCCAAUUACUUCUAUUCCAGCUCCGACGAAUCAGUCGCCGCCACUCCUCUCCCUCUCACUACCAAACCUUCUUGCUUUUCUUCUUCCUCUUCUUCUUCUCCUCCUUCUUCUUCUUCGCCGUCUUCUUCUGAGAUAAUCCCAGCCGCUUCUUCCCAAGAAGAGGAGAUCGUCCGCAAACUCAGGAGCGUCCUCGUCUACGAGCAAGAAGAAGCUGUCAGCUCUUUGCGGAAUAUCUCAAGAAGUAGCCCGGAAUCGAGGGUCCCCCUCUGCACCCCACGUCUGCUCGCCGCCAUCCGUCCGUUGCUUCUUUCUCGAUAUCCAGCCGUUCAGAUCAACGCAACCGCCGCGGUGGUGAAUCUUUCUCUGGAGAAGCCCAACAAGGAGCGGAUCAUGCGGUCCGGCGCUGUCCCUCCCCUGAUUGACAUCCUGAAAGGCGGGUUCCCAGAGGCGCAGGAGCAUGCGGCGGGAGCCAUCUUUAGUCUUGCGCUGGACGACGACAACAAGCCAGCGAUCGGGGUGUUGGGCGCACUACAGCCGCUGCUUCACACGCUCAGGCACGAGAGACAGCAGGCCCGGCAGGACGCAGCGCUUGCCUUGUACCACCUUUCGUUGCUGCAGUGCAACAGGUCGAAGCUGGUGAAGCUGGGGGCGGUCCCGCUGCUGCUCGGGUAUGCCAGGGGUGGAGAAUUGGCGAGCCGUGCGAUGAUCAUACUGUGUAAUUUGGCGUCAGGGACGGAGGGGCGGGCGGCGCUCAUGGACGCGGAUGCAGUCCAGGUGUUUGUUGAAAUGCUGAGAGAGAAAUCAGGUGGGGAGGCGAUGAGGGAGCAUUGCGUUGCGGUGCUGUUUGCUCUGAGCAGUGGAGGGAGUGUGCUAAGGUUCAAGGCGUCAGCGAAGGCGGCAGGGGCAGUGGAGGUUUUGAAGGAGGUAGCGGAGACGGGAAAGAGCGAGAGGGCAAGGGAGAAGGCGAAGAGGAUGCUUAUAAUGCUAAAAGGGAAAGGAGAUGUGGCAGCUGCUGUUGAAGCAAUUGUGGGAAGUGGAGAAGAAGGAGAGUGGAUUCGAGAGGAGGAGAGAGUAUCGGAUUCGGUGAUUGCAUUUCGGCAGCUGCAACUGAAGGGGAAGAACGUUUCGGGUGCCAACUCGACCGAUUUUUGAUGGUGUCGGGAUUUGAGUUUCGGUUGUGGUAACAUCUGUAAUUAAGAAUGAACUUUGGAGGCAUUUUUUUUUUUUUCCCUUUCUGCUUCUUGAUCUGGCGUGGAUAGAAAUAGAAUGUGAAGUUUUGAAUGAAAAUUUCACCAAGCAGCGUGGUGUAAAUAAAACCUGAUUUAUUGUAUAAAAUAUUUUGUUACCAUC